AUAACUAAACUUUCUUUUCCGGAAACAAACGUUUAUUUUUCCACCGCCGCUGGGGCCUCUUUCUGCCCCGUCGGUUCAGGCGUUCAGGGGAAAAGAGAGGUGGGAUCCGGGCGUCGAGUUGAGAUGUUGCGCGGCUUGAGCGGCUGGUUUGGGAUGGGUCAGGCGGAGGAGGAAGCGAAACCGCCUCCCCUGGAAGAGAAAUCCGCGGCUGGGGAGGGAGAAGCGGCGCCUGAGGAGGAGGCGGCGGUUCGGAGCCAGGAGCAGGUGGAGCUGGAGGUGGAUGCGGACCCACUCCUUAACCAGGCCAAAGGGCUCGGCAGUUAUCUGUUCAAUUUUGCCACUACGGCCACAAAAAAGAUAACAGAAUCAGUUGCUGAAACAGCCCAAACAAUAAAGAAGUCUGUUGAAGAAGGCAAAAUAGAAACGAUCAUUGAUAAGACAAUUAUAGGAGACUUUAAGAAGGAGCAAGAAAAAUUUGUUCAACAGCAGCACAUCAAAAAAUCAGAAGCAGCUGUGCCUCCUUGGGUAGACAGCAAUGAAGAAGAAACAAUUCAGCAACAAAUACUGGCCUUAUCAGCAGACAGAAGAAACUUUCUACGUGAUCCACCAGCUGGGGUUCAGUUUAAUUUUGACUUUGAUCAGAUGUAUCCAGUUGCACUGGUAAUGCUACAGGAAGAUGAGCUUCUAAACCGAAUGAGAUUUGAUCUGGUCCCAAAACAUGUAAAGGAAGAGGUAUUCUGGAGGAAUUAUUUCUACCGUGUCUCUCUGAUUAAACAGUCUGCACAACUCACAGCAUUGGCUGCACAACAGCAAGCAAUAAGAAAAGAAAAGGGUGGCAGCGAAGAAGGAAGAGAGCUGGCAGAAACUGUGCGACCAAAGACCCCACCUGUGGCAAUUAAGUCUCAGCUAAAACCUCAAGAGGAUGAAGAAGAAAUUUCUACCAGCCCAGGUGUGUCAGAAUUUGUGAGCGAUGCUUUUGAUGCGUGCAGCUUAAAUCGAGAAGAUUUAAGAAAAGAGAUUGAACAACUUGUGCUUGACAAAAAGAAAGAGGAAACUGCUACAGUGGAAGAAGAAACUGCAGACUGGGAAAAGGAACUUCAACAGGAACUUCAAGAGUAUGAAGUGGUCACAGAAUCAGAAAAGAGAGACAACAACUGGGACAAAGAAAUAGAGGAAAUGCUUCAGGGAGAAAAUUAACCACUUGGCCUAAAUGUUCACUGAAAACCGACAAGGACUUGUUUUUUUAUACUUGCUUCAGAGACUUUCUUCAGGCACAAAAUUGCUGUUUGUAAAAUAAGGCUCUGGGUGAUAAGUAACUACUAUCCAGAGAACUGUAGGGCAAUUUGGACUUGUCUGUUCAGGAUGCGGGGAUUGUCCUUAGGCCCUACCCCUGCCUGUGAGCUCCAUACACGGUUUAACCAGUCACUUCUUAAAACUGAAGGAACUGCAAAAGAGGCUUUGGGAAAGAGGAGACAGGGAGGUCCACAGCAGAUGCAAACAUUGCUUUGUUCAAUGUUUUCUUCAGAUGAGUAGACAUAGAUGUCUGUUUUUAAGUGGAAAAUAUUAUGAACCUCUUAUCUGUGGUGAGGUAAAUCAUAGAGAACUUGUAUUUAAAUUUUUCACAAAAAUACUGGCACAUCAUGUUGACAUUUUGAUUCUUUAUAAAUAUGAAUUAUAAAAAUACUUCAGGCUACUAGCUCUUCUUAGUAAUGAUUAUAGGACACCAUAGUAUAUAUUAAUCACACUUUUCUUUUCACUUCUUACAAGCGUUCAGAGCCUCAGCAUUAUUAAUUCUGUAAUUCAACAGUGAUGCUAUACAAUAUAAAUAGGAUGUAAACUGACCACAGUAGUUAUGUUAAUAUCCCGUUGAUAAAAUCUCCAGUGAUUUAAUUGGGGAAUGUACUGGUGGACCAUUUUGAGAAUCACAAGAACGGUUAACCGUUUUUUAAAGCAAAUAUCAGCUGGUGGCAUUGUGCUAAAGCUAUUUAUUUAAAUCAUUUCUCCCCCCCCCCCCCCCAUCUCUAAAAUUGGCCGGGGCAUCUUCUAAUAGCAAAAUUUAAAACAGGUUCCAAACCAUAAAAUGCACUACAAAAGGAAAGCUCUAAUGAAACUAUUUAUUUAAACAUAAGGUGUCCAAUAUAUCUUAAGGUGAGCCUCUUCACUUGAGUCCUAUUCAUAUCCUAUUAAUAUAGCUUGAAAGAUAGAUGCUAACUGUAACAAGAAAUUCAGGCCCAGUUUGUGUAGGUAUGGUUGAAAGGUGCUGUAAUAAAUGUGUUGAGCAUUUCUUAAAAGAUGGGGAAGAGUAUUGUAGUUCACAUCUCAGAAUGCAGAGAAGAUGGCUGCUGUUCCACAGAUAUGGCCAGAAAACUGCUACAGCUGGAUAAAAAAAAAGACCGACUGAGGUGUUCAGUGAUCUGUGCAGCAGUAGCGUUCUAAAGAAGGUAAUAAGUUAGAACUUCAUUAGAAAAGAAUACAAGUCUAACUUUGGCCCCAUUACUGGUUUUACUAGCCUGUCUGCAAAAUUAAUAAAUCAAAAAAUUUUCACGUUUAAGAACUUUUGGAAGAGAAAUUGACUACAGGAAAUGGAAGACAAUGGCUAAAGGAUUUAUGCUUAGUUUCUCUGAUGUCCAUUGUGUAAGAGUGCCUGAAACAUCAGUGAUCACGGAUUCCCAAAUAAAGAUUGUGGUUGUCAGUAACAUA